AUGGCAUCCCAGCCUUCUCGUCCAUGGUUCCGGCUAGGCUCCAUUGUCCGACCAGCCCCAGCCCCAGCCCCAACCCCCGCCCCUGCUCCUGCCCCCGCCCUAAUGGUUAUACCUACAAUGAGGCCAAUUGUUUCUCCUCCUGAGCCUACUCCCCCACCACCUCCACCGCUCACCACCACUGCUCUGCCAUCACCACCUCCUCCUCCCGCGGUGGCACCACCACCGUCUCCUCCUGCUGCAGUGACACCACCAACACCUCCUCCUUCCGUGGUGGCACCACCACCGCCUCCUCCUGCUGCAGUGGCACCACCACCUCGUCCUGCCACGAUGGCAGCACCACCUCGUCUUGCCACAGUGGCACCACCACCUCGUCCUGCCACGGUGGCACCACCACCUGUCACCACUGCUCCACCACCACCACCUGCAGCCACAAAAUCACCUCCUCCUCCUGUGACUACUGCAUCAGUUCCAUCAUCAUCAGUUAAGAAAGCUGCAUCUUCUUCCGUACCAUCAUCUCCUGUAUCCAGAGUUUCUGCAGCCCCAUCAUAUUCAGGGGCACCUUCUCCCAGUAGAACCAAGGCCACUACUUCUUCUACUACUGAUUCAGUGUCACAUUCUCCAGCCUACAAACCACAAACUACCACCACCUCUCCGCCAAAACCCGUCAUCUCAGCCGCUGCAAUUUCUCCUUCAUCAUCUAAACCACUGCCACCACAAACUUAUUCUCCACCAAAACCCACCAGCAUUUCAUCCACUGCUAGGGAGGCUAAUAAUUACAACCACCAAUCUCCCAAAACCAUCAGGCCCGCCGUGACUCAAACCCCACCUCAGUCACCAAAACUCAAACCAACCGCCCCACCGCCCUCUCCUCUCACUCUUCCACCAUCUCAGCUAAGGCCAAACACUUCAGAUAAUCAAACUGACCAACCCAAGUUUCCCAUUGAGGCAGAGCAGAAGACAGUGCUGGUCCAACAGAAAACCAUUGAUCAACAAAAACCCAAUUCAUGGUUUGGCAGCUUCACCUCCGGAAACUCAAAAGGUGCGGACUUUCACGAGUCCCCAAAGCCUAUCAGCAACUCCCACAACGCAAAGCAUGAAGGAGAAACAAAAGAGAGACUCAUAUCUCGGAAGAAGUCGCCACCUAGUUCCGAUCAUGAGGCAGCUGGUAUGAGGGUUAUCACCAUUGCAGGGGAAAAUAGAGGAGCUUUCAUGGAACUCAUAAAAUCCCCAAAGAAACAUGGAAGUGAGGAGCAUUCUCAUUACCUUCAUAAGACAGAAAAUGGAAAAACCUUAAUGGGGACUCAAUCUGAUCAGGGCAGCCACAGCAGCAGCAGCGACAGUGGCGGCGAGGAAGGCAAGCACAAAAGCAAGGAUAAAAGUCACAGAGCUUGGAAAGCUGCAGCAUCAAAGCCUACUAGUACUUUCACGAACAGCAAUGUUCAAGGAAUCAACAACUCGAUUGUGUACAACGGUUCUCUCACUCAGCAUGAUCCUGGGGUCCACCUAACUUUCUCCAGGAAGCCCACUGAAGAAGGGUUUGAGGCAAAGAGCCACCAUGCUAAUGGCCGUCACAGUUAG